CUCUUCAGUCCUCUCGUUCCCAUGGUGAUACGUAGUCUCUCCCCAUCAUAAAAAAAUAAACAAUUGAAAAAAAAUCAAAUUGGAGUAUAAAAAGUGAGAUCGAAGAGUAAUCGUAAUAAACGAACUUUGUGUGGGAAUCGAACUGAGUUUUGUCAUUCAAGUUUCAUCCAACAACAGUGAUGGGAUCAUUGGAGGCAGUAAUUUUGUGUGCGAUUGCAGUUAGUUUCAUUGUUCCUGUUGAUGUAAACGCUAAAGCUAUUAUAAAGAGGAGAGACACCGUGAAUUGGUGCUCACGGACGACACCCUGUGGAUGGGAGGUCUAUCGGCCGUUUAUGAGGAACAUCGAGUAUUUCAUUAAAAGCCCUUGUGAAUGCCAAGAGGGCACGCACUGCGUUCGUGUAUUCGACGACAUCUCUAUCUCAGCAUACGUCCACCGAUGUCGCUCUCUGGACGAGAAUAUAAUGGUGUGGCCUCACGACAGCCACGGAACCAUGCCCGUUUCGUGAAGACUGCGAGAGGAGGAGAGGAAAAAAUAAUCUGUAUUGUUCAUGUCUGCAUUUGUGGCUUCGAUUCAUUUCGAUUUUACUUAUUUAUUGCUAUUUAAUAUGAUUUGCAUGGUCCUACAUUGCUGAAGAAUGUACAUAUACAAAUGAGUGUCACUUCAUAAUCAUUAAAAAUAUUUAUAAAACCACAA